AGGACUGUGGCAAUGGGGGGAGGAAAGGAAAUCGAUGAAUGAACGAGAAAAGUGCAAAGCGUGGCAUAACAAAAAGUUAAUAUUUUUAUAGCUUCAACUGAACAACUGAAAAAUAUAUUAUUGAAACAAAAUGGGCGUUACGGAAACACCAACAACAACAGCCUCCGAUACAGGCGUGGCUGGCACAGAAGCAGCCAAAGAGGGCCAAACAAUUCUAACCCUGGCCACAUUUCAAGAGCUAUUCAAGCCGGAUAUACAAAUUGAAGCCUUUGAGCUUGCCCAGGGAUCCGACCGUGGUGACAACUAUACGGCCGCAUUAUAUCGCAUCCAUUUGAGGGGUGUCCAAAUGGAACAACAUAAAUGGGAAAAAAAUGUCAUUUGCAAGGUUAUGCCAGAGAGUGUUGUCCAGCGGGAGGCCUAUAAGAGUGAUAAAUUAUUUCGUAACGAAGUGCAGUUCUAUACAGCGAUAAUGCCAGAGCUCAUCAAAUUUCAAGAUAGUAAACUGUGCUCAUCGUCCUCAUUAGGCUUAUUCCAGGCAAUACCCCAAUGCUAUACAGCUAGGCAUGAUCUUUUAAUAAUGGAGGAUCUACGUGAGCGUGGCUUUCAAAUGUCUGAUCGCCAUAAGGGACUUAGCAUGGAGGAGACGCAGUCCGUGUUGAAACAAGUUUCCCAAUUUCAUGCGCUUAGUUUGGCCUACAAGUUUGAACAUCCGCUGGAAUUCACCAAGCUGAGUAGUCUGAUCAGUGAGGGAAUCUUUUGUACAGCGAAUACGAGUUGGUAUCGCAACUAUUAUGAACGUCUUACAAAGAAUGCCAUUAAAAUGGUAUCGGAUGUCUUACCCCCGGACUCGAAAUAUGUUCAGAAAUUCCGAAAUUUCGCCGAAGAGGGCAAUUUUUUUAGCCAAAUGGUGAAAUUGGCCAGUGCCCAGUCCAAAUUAUCGGCCAUUUGUCAUGGUGAUUGUUGGGUUAAUAAUUUUCUCUAUCGGUAUGAUCAAGAGGAUCCACAGCAUGUGCUAGAGGUGGCUUUAGUAGACUUCCAGCUAAUACGCCACAGUUCUAUAGCUCUCGAUGUGGCAAAUCUAUUAUACUGCUGCACCACGAAAGAGAUGAGGGAUCUGGAAUUACAGUCAUUAUUAAAAAUCUACACGGAGGAAUUGUUCAAGUGGCUGGAGCUAUUGUGCUCCAAUUUGCCGGAUUAUUGCAAUACGGUGGAAAAGUUUCAGGAUCUCUUUGCCGCAGAGUUAAAAACUUACGGGCGUUUCGCUUUGGGCCUGGCUUUGGAUAUUAUUCCUAUUAGUACAUGCUCUUCGGAAGAUGCUCCGGAUAUGUAUUUGAAUAGCCAGCAAACCCUAGAAGAUGAAGGGGCACCCACUUUAAAUUUCCCCCCCAACGAUUUGUGUCGCCAAAAAAUGUCCGAGAUAGUCAUCGAUAUGGUCGAUGGCGACAUGCUCUAGAGUUGGUUUGUUUCCAAACCCCUAGAAGGGCAUAAAACACCAAUUACUAUAGAAUCAGACUCCUGGUUGGACUCUUAACUUACUUAGUCAUAUAAAAAAUUUAGUAAAGAAAUUUUUGGAAAUGUAAUCUUA